AUGCUGGUAAGAACGGUCGUGAUCCAGUAUCCACCCGUUUCUGGAGAUAGUGUUCCUCAGCGGUCGAUGGAAAUGUUUCAAAGAUACUCCGAAACUGUUGUUAAUGUGAAGGAAUGCAGUGUACCACCUCAUCCAAAUGAAAGGUACUAUUCCAAGAUGUUAGCUCACAUCUCAUCAUGGGAUUUCUCGUCGCAGUGGAUGCUGAAGACGAACUGA